CAUUAGUUCGUGUGUGUAUUUGCUUUGUGUAAGUAAAUGGCCGUAUGCAGAGAAAACUACCACCACCGUGUAUACCGAUGUACCUAUUGCGUGGAGUUUUUGUAUUUAUAAUUUUGGGUUGUCUCUUCUUGCUGGCAAUUGUACAAAUAAUUUUACGUCGAGCGAUGGCAAAAUAAAAAUUCGAAGUUGAAAGCAAACGUCAGUACGUCGAGAGCGUUCAGCGAGUACAAGUCAUUCGUUUACAAAUAACAAAUGUGGAAACGUAUAGCAUUUGUGCAUUGAGUUUUGUAUUAAAUUACGUACGUACUCGUAUUGAAAAUAUUCGAAGUACUUUAUAAAUAUACAAAUGAAUAUAUAAAUUAGUGUUUUUCAAUACUAUUUGGAAGAAAAUUUGUGAAAAAUACUGUUUAAAGUGCUUGGAAAAACUUGUGUCCUAUAGUGGCAUAAAAAGCACAAAAGCAACGAGUAAACUUUUGACAUUUUGUGUUGUUGCUUCGUGAGAGCAGCGCAAGCACAUAAGAGCAAAUAAAGAGACAUAUUGUAGUGGAGCUAUAGAUUUAUUGUGCUUACUGUUGUCGACCUGUAAGUGGGGGCGACUUCUCGGGAAAAUAUUUUAAUGUAAUAUUUUCUUAAAAAGCCUUAUGGAGUGACAAUAAAUUGUUGAAAAUAAAUAAAAACUAUUAAUAAAACUUGCUACAACAGCUACAGUGCAUAGCAGUGGGUGCAAGUUAGGUGGAGCUGGUUGAUCAACGAAACUGUACCCCUAAGUGAUUCGCACCGAUUGGGCAGUGUAAUAGUGUGGAAGAAUCAUCGUAUAAAAAACAAAAGUGGGGAAAUCAACAAGUUUUGGCGCGAAAACUUUUGACAAGUACCAAGUAUUUUGGCAUUGGAGACUGAAAACUUGCAGCAACAACACAACGUGGUUGAGGGAAUUGCUGAAAAACACUCAGUUGAAUAAAACAACGUCAUUGGCAAUUUGUCGAAAUUAUUGAAUUUUACUUUGUAUUGCUUUGCAUAAUUAAGCAAAAUAUAAAAAAAGUCACAAAAAAUAAACGCUGAUUUCAAGGUUAAGUGUUGUUGCAAGCAUUUUGUUGCCAAAAAACAUAAUAAUAAAACAAUUGCAUAGCAAUACGCAAAGGAAGUGUUUGCGAAAGACAUUCGGUAGCGCUAGUAAUUAUAUUUCUGUGACAUUUACUGUUUGUUAAGCAAUAUUUUAACAAGUAUUAUAAGUGAUGACUGCUGCACGUGUAAUAAAUCCAGUAAUUUUAACCGAAUUCUGUAAGCUGCGCGCUAGUCCGAGUGCAAUGGGACGAAAUAUGACCUGUAACCGCCAGUUGAACCGCAUUAAGCGUGAUCUCUUUGGACCAGCCAACCCGGUGGAAACACAAAAAACCUUCGCCGAGGAAUUAGACAAACAACAAGAUCGUGCUAUAAAAAAAUGGGGUUUCGACUUCCGCAACGGCUCCCCACUCACCACAAAUACACAAUUCGUUUGGGAGCGUAUUUCCUAUCAGGAAUCCAAUCGCGCACCCGAAGUCUAUACGCUGACGCGUGCUGCACAUGUACGUCCUGCCUCGGUUGUGCCGUCAAAUGCCGAUUUAUUAAUGGACGAACGAGCCGAACGUGAAAAUUACAUGAUGAACACAUCAACAUCGACCGAUACAGAUUCCUGCGGCGAUUAUGACUCACAGGAUGAGUCGUUGGUGUUCAAAGUACCCAGCACCGAACAUUGCGGCAGCAAUAAGCGUACGCAUGUAGGCAAUGCUGCUGGAAAAUCGCCAUUGCGCAAGCGUCAACCGAAAAUUACAGAAUACAUGAAGGAGCGCAAACGCCUCGCCCAAACGCCAAAAAAGGUCUCACCCGCCAAGCGUGCACGCACCAGCUCGGGCAGCAGCAGCUCAGGUCCCAGUCACAGUACGCAUGCGUAUAGCAUUAGCGCGCAUUUCUCACUGCAGCGAAGUAUACAACGCAAUAAUUAAUGCCGCAAACAACAAAUUGCAAAUUUUCCAACCUUAAAUCUUAUAUAAUUAGUAUAUAAUUAACUAUAUACCAGCAUAUAUA